UGAAGAAGUGUGCUUUGCUGGUAUUAAGGGGCUGGUUGGAAGCCUCGGCUGCUUCUUUCAGGAUGUUUGCACGCACUCUCCGUCUCUGGCGCAUCACCUUCUGUAGAUCUUUCUCUCGACAGCCGCCUUGCUGGAGGUCUUUGACGUGAAUGCUACUUAACGGGCUCUUGCCUACGAGCAGCUCCGUGCUUCUCUUUCCUCUGUGCUUUGUCUUUAAUUAAAAAGGAAAGAAAAGGAAAAAAAAAAGAGAGGAGGGGGUAGUGUUGCCACUAGCUUUGACUCCUUCCCUCCUGCCUCUUCCACCUGUCUCUGAAGCGCAAUGUCCUCCCAUGGUUAGGAGCUGAGCACCGUCCAGCCGAUUGAGCACCACGGAAAGAAGGAAAGGGAGAGAAGGACACACAAAAAAGAAGGCUGUAUGAAGAAGCAGCAGCAAGCCUGGACUGAAAAGCAACUCUGUUCUCUUGUAACAUGAACAAUAGCCUGCAAGUUAACCUGCCCAGGAGCUGGGCCAAUUCGAGCAGCUCCCUCCAGGAAAAGUCUGAACACUCUUUCUUUCUUUUCUACUACUACAGGAUGGAGGAUGAGGCAGUUUUGGAUCGAGGGGCCUCUUUCCUGAAGCACGUCUGUGAUGAUGAGGAGGUGGAAGGUCAUCAUACAGUCUACAUUGGGGUUCACGUGCCUAAAAGUUACCGAAGAAGAAGACGCCACAAAAGAAAACCCAAGGAAAAGAAAGAAAAGGAGAAAAUUUCUGAAAAUUCAGACAAGUCUGACAUCGAAAACGCAGAUGAAACGAGCAGUAGCAUCCUCAAACCACUCAUCUCCCCCGCCGCUGAACGCAUCCGCUUCAUUUUGGGCGAAGACGAUGAUAGUCCUGCACCACCCCAGCUCUUCACGGAACUGGAUGAACUCCUGGCAGUCGAUGGGCAAGAGAUGGAGUGGAAGGAGACGGCAAGGUGGAUAAAAUUUGAAGAAAAAGUGGAACAGGGAGGAGAAAGGUGGAGUAAACCACACGUCGCCACGUUGUCUCUUCACAGCUUGUUUGAGUUGAGGACGUGCAUAGAGAAAGGGUCAAUCCUGUUAGAUUUGGAGGCAUCCUCGCUUCCCCAGGUAGUAGAGAUGGUUGUUGACAAUCAGAUUGAGACCGGCCUAUUGAAGCUGGACAUGAAGGACAAAGUCACUUACACGCUGCUCAGGAAGCAUCGGCACCAGACCAAAAAAUCCAACCUACGGUCCUUGGCUGACAUCGGGAAGACUGUCUCCAGUGCAAGUAGGAUGUUUACCAACCCCGAUAAUGGCAGCCCAGCCAUGACGCACAGAAACCUGACUUCCUCCAGUUUGAAUGACAUCUCUGACAAACCUGACAAAGAGCAGCUGAAGAACAAGUUCAUGAAGAAAUUACCUCGAGAUGCUGAGGCCUCCAAUGUCCUGGUUGGGGAGGUAGACUUCUUGGAAGCCCCAUUCAUUGCCUUCGUUCGGCUGCAACAAGCAGUUAUGCUCGGUGCUCUCACAGAAGUUCCUGUUCCUACUCGGUUUCUGUUCAUUUUGCUGGGUCCCAAAGGCAAAGCUAAAUCGUAUCAUGAGAUUGGCCGAGCCAUUGCCACUUUGAUGUCUGAUGAGGUAUUCCACGACAUUGCCUAUAAAGCCAAAGACAGGCAGGACCUGAUCGCUGGGAUUGAUGAGUUCCUAGAUGAAGUAAUUGUACUUCCACCUGGGGAAUGGGACCCUGCCAUCAGGAUAGAGCCCCCCAAGUCCCUCCCCUCAUCUGACAAAAGGAAAAACAUGUAUUCAGGUGGUGAGAAUGUGCAGAUGAAUGGAGACACGCCUCACGAUGGGGGAAAUGGAGGUGGUGGACAUGGAGAUUGUGAGGAAUUGCAACGAACUGGCAGAUGUUUUGGCGGUUUGGUCAAAGACAUCAAGAGGAAAGCCCCUUUCUUUGCCAGUGACUUUUAUGAUGCAUUCAACAUCCAAGCACUGUCUGCCAUUCUCUUCAUCUAUCUUGCUACUGUAACUAAUGCCAUCACUUUUGGAGGCCUGCUGGGAGAUGCAACAGAUAACAUGCAGGGCGUAUUGGAAAGUUUCCUUGGUACAGCUGUUUCAGGAGCUGUCUUUUGCCUUUUGGCCGGCCAGCCACUCACUAUACUGAGCAGCACUGGCCCUGUUUUGGUCUUUGAGCGGCUUUUAUUUAAUUUUAGCAAAGAUAAUAGCUUUGACUAUCUGGAGUUCCGCCUCUGGAUUGGCUUGUGGUCAGCCUUCCUUUGUCUCCUUCUGGUUGCUACUGAUGCCAGCUUCUUGGUCCAGUACUUCACCCGUUUCACAGAAGAAGGGUUCUCUUCCUUGAUCAGCUUCAUUUUCAUUUAUGAUGCAUUCAAGAAGAUGAUCAAAUUAGCAGAUCAUUACCCCAUCAAUUCCCAUUUUAAAGAGGACGACAUCACACUUUAUUCCUGUACCUGUGCACCUCCAGAUCCAGUCAAUGCCUCCUUAUUCAAUGAGACAACCACACCAUCGUGGUCUGCAAAUAACUAUGCUGAGAUGCACAAUGGCACAAUUGAAUGGUCAUCUCUACCAAAGGAGGAGUGCUUGAAAUUUGGAGGAGUUCUGAUGGGCAACAACUGCAAAUAUGUUCCUGACAUUACUCUCAUGUCAUGUAUCCUCUUCUUGGGAACCUACACCUGCUCUAUGGCCUUGAAGAAGUUCAAGACCAGUCGUUACUUCCCAACUACUGCAAGAAAGUUGAUCAGUGACUUCGCCAUCAUUCUUUCCAUUCUGAUUUUCUGUGGAAUUGAUGCUCUGGUAGGUGUGGAUACACCAAAACUCCUUGUGCCAAGUGAAUUCAAGCCAACAAGCCCUCACCGAGGGUGGUUCAUUGCCCCCUUUGGAGGGAACCCCUGGUGGGUCUACCUGGCAGCUGCCAUCCCUGCUCUGCUGGUGACGAUCCUCAUCUUCAUGGACCAGCAAAUCACAGCUGUUAUUGUCAACCGGAAGGAGCACAAACUCAAGAAAGGUGCUGGCUACCAUCUGGAUCUCUUCUGGGUGGCAGUGCUGAUGAUUAUAUGUUCCUUCAUGGGCCUGCCAUGGUAUGUUGCGGCUACUGUGAUCUCCAUUGCGCACAUUGACAGCUUGAAGAUGGAGACGGAGACAUCAGCACCUGGCGAGCAGCCCAAGUUCCUUGGAGUCAGAGAGCAGAGAGUGACUGGGGUUAUUGUGUUCAUUCUGACUGGCGUUUCAGUCUUCAUGGCUCCCAUCUUGAAGUUUAUUCCCAUGCCUGUGCUAUACGGAGUGUUUCUAUACAUGGGUGUUGCUUCCCUUAAUGGAGUGCAGUUCAUGGAUCGUCUGAAGUUGCUCUUGAUGCCUCUCAAGCACCAGCCUGACUUUAUCUACCUACGACAUGUCCCCCUCCGCCGAGUCCAUCUCUUCACCUUCCUCCAAGCACUAUGCCUGGCUCUCCUUUGGAUCUUGAAGUCUACAGUGGCUGCUAUUAUAUUCCCAGUCAUGAUCCUGGCACUUGUGGCGGUCCGAAAGGCCAUGGACUACCUCUUCUCCCAGCAUGACCUCAGUUUUCUUGAUGACGUCAUUCCAGAAAAGGACAAGAAGAAGAAAGAGGAUGAGAAGAAAAAGAAAAAGAAGAAAGGCAGCUUGGAUAGUGACAAUGAUGAUGAGAAGAAUCACCAACAUUCCUUGAACGCCAUACAUCAUGCUGAUAAAAUUCCUUACCUCCACUCCCACACAAUGCCAAGCCCUCCACGAACUCCAAUGAAAGUUGUGCCUCAAAUUAGAAUAGAGCUUGAUCCUGAAGAUGGUGGUUAUUUCUGGAGGAGCAAGGGAACAGAAACUACUUUGUAACUUGUUCAUUAAUCUUCUACUGAACUGGCUUUUUUUUUGGUCAUUUCUUCCUCUUUUCUUCGGUUUUACUAGCCAAAUAUCCAAUUGAUCUCUGCCUAGGGAAAUGCAAGACAUGUGGUGUCCCUCUCCAUUGGGUCUUUCAUCUCAUUUCUCUCCCUCCACUUUGUAUAUUCUUCUUCUCCUUAGUCUUUUUCUUUCUUUCAUUCUGACCAAUACACGUGGAUUUGUUUUUGUUUUUGCCUUCUCGACCGUGUGCGUACGUACGCCUCCUCUGGACCUUUUCACCAGAGAGUGGAAGUAUUAAGAAUAUAUUAUCACGGCUUUGUGAAAUGUCAGCAGAACUGUUAUUAUUUUGGCGUGUUGGGGUUAUUUUUUAGUUGUGGAUCAGUGUUUUUCUUUCUUCAUGGUUUUUUUUAAAAAUCUCUAGCAGAACAAAACUGACCUCCAGGCAAAAUCCCCAUAAUUCUGUACUCCUGGAAAAAAGAAAUGCUGCUAAUCUUAAUAUGCUUGUAAUGUCACCUUUGCUUCUUUAGUCUCAAGCACAGAAAAUGGAAAUGGUACAUCCUUGCACAGACAAACUUUAAUUUUUUUGCCAGCACUGUAUAGUAUGUGUUUGGAAUCCUGUCCUAUGCAACUUUUAUUCUGUAACACUUCAGUGGAUUCUUAACCGGUCAGCUGCGUUGACAAAGUGUUAUUCUUAUCUCUUAGAUGAAAUCUGUUUUAAAUUAUGGGGGCCUAACCUGCGACUUACUUUUUUGUCAAUUUUUUAACCAUUUUUUAAAAGAAUUACUGUAAAGAAAAA